CGGAAGCGCUUGCCUUUCCCUUGCCAGGACCCAGAGGUUAAGUCCCAUCAGUCCUUGCGCCCCACCUUCCCUUCUUUUCCUCGGCGCUGCCUACGGAGGUGGCGGCCAUCUCCUGCCGGCAUCAUGGCUGCCCUCAGACCCCUGGUGAAGCCCAAGAUCGUCAAAAAGAGAACGAAGAAGUUCAUCCGGCACCAGUCAGACCGUUAUGUCAAAAUUAAGCGUAACUGGCGCAAGCCCAGAGGCAUCGACAACAGGGUGCGGAGAAGAUUUAAGGGCCAGAUCUUGAUGCCCAACAUUGGUUACGGGAGCAACAAGAAAACAAAGCACAUGCUGCCCAGCGGCUUCCGGAAGUUCCUGGUCCACAAUGUCAAGGAGCUGGAAGUGCUGCUGAUGUGCAACAAAUCUUACUGUGCUGAGAUUGCGCACAAUGUUUCCUCCAAGAACCGCAAAGCCAUCGUGGAAAGAGCAGCCCAGCUGGCCAUCAGAGUCACCAAUCCCAACGCCAGGCUGCGCAGCGAAGAAAAUGAAUAGACAGCUCAUUUGCAAGUUUUAUUUGUGCUAAAUAAAACCAUAAAAACCCUG